AUGCGCGACGCGAGCUCUGCGAACUCUAGCCUGGCUAUAACUAACGAUGAGCUGGGAAAUAGGCGAAUCAUCGCUGAUAACGUUAGUGCGAAAGUUCAACGUGAAAAGGGCGAGCUCAAGCGAAAGUAUGCGGCGGGCAUGGAUGGCAAGGCGAAACUCAUGGCGGAGCUGAACGGCGUCUCGCAGGACUUGGAAUCUCUUCGAACUUACUAUGAGAAGUGGCACGAGGUAAGUGAUAAGCCCAGGGAUCAAAAUGCCAAACUGUUUGGCACCAUCAAGACGAACGCAACCAAGCUUUCAAACGCCCAACCCGCAGCGAAGAAGAUCCGCGAGACGCUCACCGACAGGAACAACCUGCACCAAGCCACCACAGAUAGGCUGGAGGAAGGUAUCGAUGGCGCCUGA